AUGGAUGCCAUGAGUCACGCUCUGCGAAAAGCAGCUCGGUCCCCGUUUUCGAAUGAAAUCGAGCGAGCCGAAAUGCCGGACAGGUUUACCCGUCCACCGUUCAACUACUAUGACAGGAAGACUGAUCCAGUAGAACAUGUUAACCAUUAUAUUCAGAUGAUGUCUUUGCAUAUUCAUAAUGAUGCGCUCAUGUGCAAGGUAUUUCCUUCGAGUUUGGGACCAACUGCUUUAAGGUGGUUUAACGGGUUACAGAAAGGAUCCAUACGUAGUUUCUCCGAGCUGAUUCAGGAGUUCGGCGUGUGGUUUGUGACAUGCAACCGAGUACCUCAACUAGUAGACGCGCUUCUCUCAAUGAGAAUGAGGGCGGGAGAGACCCUUCGUAGUUACACCAGCCGGUAUUGGGAGCUAUACAAUGAGAUAGGCAGGGAUAACGAAAGGGUCGCAGCAAGCACAUUUAGGAUGGGGUUGCCCGAGGAUUCUGGGCUACGAGAGUCGUUAACCAAGAAGCCUUCCGAAGGCAUGCAACAACUUAUGAGACGCAUUGAGGAAUACAAAAGAUUAGAAGAUGACCGGCUGUAG